GUGUUUUAAAACACAGCCAAACCGAUACAAAGCACCCUCAUUCCCGCGAUAAUGUGGCGGAAUGAGGCUAAGAAAAGCGAUCCCGAACAGCAGCCACCACUCGCUACUUCGGAUGAUGCGCAGCGCCCUUACCGUCACUUGCACUUGCGGAACAACCAGAUGGAAGUCAUGCCGACAGUGUCGCAAGGAGCGAUCCAUGACGAACGCCCCGCUCCUUCUUCUGUUGCAGCAGCAGCAUCUAGCAGAAUUGGAGGAGACAGGAACUGGAGUACUCGGAUUCGUGCCUCCAUCGCGCGUUUGAUGGGUAUCGAUGGCGUUUCACUGGAUCCGGGGAGCUUCGCGAAGUUAAUCGAGGAAAAGCGGGCGGCAAAAGUGGCCGAGCAGACUUUCCACGAGAGAGUCGAUCGUUUGCAGGCUGCGAGCGAGGCAGCUCAUAAAGAGCACUGCGAGCGGUUGCGUGGCAUUUACCCGGCCUCCACCGCGAAAAAAAUGAGGUUUUCGACUGCGUCGCAUCCAUCUCUUUCUGCACCGGUGACAUUGUCGUCGGCAUCUUCAGCAUUGUGCCAGCCUAGGCAUGAGGCAUUGGACGCACUAGCAGUGGCCGCCGCCACAGAAAACUUGAGCGACACCUUGACAGUAUCCAAAGAAAAGCGGACUAACCGCCGACAAAACUCAUUUUCCUUGGGAGUCGGUGCAGGCACCGAUCAUAACCCAGUGCGUGUCCACGACCCGGAAUUGGCCAAAGCUGUCAACAAACUCUCUGACAAACUAGCGCAGCUCCUUGGUCAGCUACAGGCAACAUCAGAUGCGACAACAGCAGAGUCCAUACUUGCCGCUGCCGCGGCGAUCGCGCUGGAAGCGACGGAGAUGCGUCGCAACGAGGAAGUGGCCUUGGCGCGCAUGGUAGAGAUCGAGAAGCACCGCCAGCACAUAAUGCAAGGUCUCCUAGAGUACGAAAUGCGUAAAGAGCAGCGUGAGCUGAACGAAAGCAGUAAGCGAUGCACUGCCAGCUCGCACGGUUCGCUAGAUAGCCCUAAAGACCGCGACGCGAAUGCUGAUGGAAAGCAAGCCUGA